UUACCUAUGCUCUUAGAAAAUGCAUCGGCUUAUUUCGAUAGGACUUUUGUACAUUAAGAGAACUCUCUGUGCUCCCGUUUCCUAAUCCCUUAGUCCUCCUCGCCUCAGAAGGACGUUUCAUCCACGGUAACUAACGGCGAUGGCGGCCGAGGUGCGCAUGAUCCUUUAUGAAGACGACUCAGUGCAAGUGCAGUACGUCGACGGCUCCAGGCUGCAGCUCUCUCCCUGUGGCUCGGAGUUUUUGUUUGAAAAGGCACCUCCUGCUUCAGCACAUCCUUUAGAACAACCAGAGAGAAUUCGUCAAAGGACACACUUUGUUAUUAGCGCUUACCGAGAGCAACUACGGAGAGCCCUAGAUUUUCGAAACUCUUUCGCCACUUGCCCUUUUUUGUCGGAAAACAUUAUACCUUCUGAAAGAAAAAAGCGUGUCUUGCUCGAUGUCUCAGAAGCGAGGUGGCCCAGUCAUGACGCCGAUGACGGCGUGGUGUGGCUGCAGGGCGGCACUGUGAAAGUGGCCUCUGUAGACGGUCAUGCCUACCUCUGCCUGCCCGCCUCUCAGCAUGAAUUUACAGUGCAUUUUUUGUGUAAAGUAAGCCAGAAGCCAGACUCGUCUAUCGUAUUGUCAGAAAAAAAUAAUACUCAAGCCAAGAAAAAUAAACUGGUUGAAAAGGCAGGCAAAGUCCUUACGUGUGGAAGCUUACCAGGACAGAGGCUGAAGAAUAAAGAAAAUGAACUUCACUGUCAGACCAUGAAACCCAAAGGAGCUUCAGAGGAGGAGCGCUGUGUAAACGGAACCGAGGGGAAGGAGGCGCUGCCUCCGCCUGGCCUGAAGCACACGUGUGUGCACGUGUGGGUAGAGCAGCGCUGGUCCGUGGCCUCCUGUCCAGAGCAGUGGAAGUACCCUCUGUCUUUAGCACUUCGUUUCCACGAUAAAAUCCGCAGUUUGUCCGGAACUGAUGUAACUGUCACCCAGAACGCGACUCUAACUUCCAAUGUGUCAGAGGAAAGAGGAAAGGAGGUUUCUGCUCUUCCCAGGGCCCUGCCACUCAGCUGCCCUGUGCCACACCUGCACAGGUGGAGUUUUUGCGGCUCCCUCUCACUGGGACAGUCUGACGAAGGAGAACAUUCCUAUCCUGAACUGGUGAAGGUGGUGUGGUACAAGGGCGUUACGUACAGACUUAGCCAUAAAAAUGUGAACUCAAUAGAGAUUUAUCCUGGAGAUGGAUCUGUUUUCAAAUCAGAAGGAGCUUAUUUUGGGAACUUUUUCACAUACUAUUCCACUCAGGAAGGAUCAGAAGAGAGGGAAGAGAAAAUGUAUUCAGUAAAUAACCUUCCUCCAGACAGACCAGGAAGUCCAUUCUCUGUGCGUUGUCUAAUUAAACAGGCAGCUAGGAUUCUUCAGCAUUGUGCCAAGAUGAGGCUUUCUCUGAGUCAUAACUAUUGUAUAUGCUGCUGGAAAAUGGUCCCUGGGAUAAAGGAUAACAAUAUACUGCCUUUGCUUUUGGGAGAAUCAUUCAUACCUGGCGUGGGAAAAUUUCUUGCAUAUUCUGAUGACAAAGUACACGUUAUCUUCUUAGAUGGCGUUACUCUAACCCUCAAUUGGAAUUUUGGCUCUUUUCUUGAAAAGAGUCAGGUAAAUCAAGGACUCAGCUUAGGCUGGUGUAAGUUAACUUUUCCUGAUGGACACGAUCAGUUAAUUCAGAUUGAACACUCCAGACCAUAUGAAAGGUAUGUGUCAGCGGUAAUAUCAUGGUGCAGAAAACUGGCCCGGACUAGUCAGAGAGAGAAGCUCACAGAUCCUUCAUUUUCUGUUCCUGAAGAAAAUUGGCUAGAGUACAGGGAGAGAGUAUAAGCUGACAAGGAGGUACAUGUGGUCCAUUGUAGGAAAGCCAGGGGAGAAGUCACAUAUCCUCUUACAAACUCUCAAGAAGACCUUUCUACAGACUUGAAUAAAGAGGCGUUUUAAACAUUAAUGCCCUCCUUAAUUUUGCAGAGAGCUAGUUGAGUCAUGUUAUUUUCUAGUUGUAUGCCACUGCUCACAUUUGACUGUAGCUUGAUGAGGAAAGAGAGAAAGAACACACAAGCAAGAGGUUCUGCUGGAGUUGCCUCCUACUCCAUACCAGUUGCCCCAAAAUCUGUCUCUGUGGAAAAUGGGAAGAGCUAAUGUUUGCAAUGUUAAUCCUUUAAGUCAAGGAGAAGAGAAUGUUUAGUGUGACUGUGGUUAAGAAGACAGUGAAAUGACAAGGUAGUUUGUUCCAGAAGGAAUUUAAUAGAAACUGUUAUGACCUAGUUCAGCUGCAUAAAAACCUUCCCAAACCAUCCAUACCCUGAGUUCCAUAGUAAUGAAGUCUUGCUGUCUGUGCACAAUACAGAAGAAGAAGAAAGGGUCCAUACUACUCAAAGAGACAAUCUAGGUAUUAAAAGAAUAAAAGAGUUCAAGAGAACACAUUACAAAUAGGUAUAUGAUUAAUUUAAAUAAUCUAUAGGAAUUCAAGGGAGGAGAGAUCACUUAUUGCACAAAAGUGAUGGGGUUUUAGUAGGUUUUUAAAAUUUGAGUAUACUUUAAGGAAAUAGAGGGUUUACUGUGUUAAUUCUAAGAAGUUGUAGCAGGAAGUCCAUUACCUUCAAAUAUCAAUACUUGAUUAAAAAUUCCUGGGGGUGGGUACUUUUAUUCACUUGGCUUACUCAUUAAAAGCACUCAGUAAAUUUAUCAGCUGAGUCAAGCUGAUUUUUUAAUAAAUAAAGCUAAUAUAAAAAGCUCUUAACUUUUAGGUUUUUCUAAAAUUCUAACCUUUAUGAAAAAAACUCAAGUAUGCUUAUUUGAAAUAUUGUGGAUAAAAUAAGAAUGAGACAACUAGCAUGAACUUUUUUUUCCCCCACAGGUGUGUGGCUUCUGAACUUGAAAAGAUCCAGAAGUUUAACUGUAUCCUUUAAACAUAAUGUGUUGUCCUGCAUAAUUACUUUCCGUUCUAGGCUUAAUUCAUGACUGCAGUUUAUGGUAAUCCAAAUGUAUAUUGCAGAGCUUCAUUGAAUAUUUAAGAUACUCUAGAUGUAUCUUGUCUGUAGAAGGUACAUCCUAUAGAUUUUUGCAUGUGUAUCAGGGAUAUUGACCUGUAAUUUUCUUUUCUUGUAGAGCCUUUGUCUGGUUGUGAUUGUCAGAGUAAGGCUGGCCUUAUACAAUGAGUUUGAAAGUGUUUCCUCCUCUUACUGGUAUUUUUUCUUCCUUAAAUGUUUGGUAGAAUUCACUAGUGAAACUGUCUGAUCCUGGGCUCUAGUUUUUGGGGAGGUUUUGAUUACUGUUUCAAUCUCCAUUCUAGCAUUCGGUCUGUUCAGAUUUUCUAUCCAUGAUGCAGUCUUCGUAGGUUGCCUGUUUUUAGGAAUUGACCCAUUUCUUCUAUAUUGUCCAAUUUGUUGGUGUGUAACUGUUCAUAGUAGUUCCUUAUGCUCCUUUAUAUUAUGUGCCGUCAGUUGCAAUUUCCCCAUUUAUUGUAUUGUAAUUUUGAGUCCUGUCACUUUUUUCCUUAGUAAAUGUAGCUAAAGGUUUACUGAGAUUUUAAUUCUUUUAUUUAUUUCCUAUCAUCAAACCUCCAUCCAAACACACACAUACGUACGCUUUCCUUUACCCCUCCCUUACACUCUAGUUUCAUCUGUAAGGGAUAGACUCGAUAAGUUUUGAAGUGCCAAGAGAUCUUCCUCCCAAUGGAAAAAUCG